CAGAGCUCGAGGGACAGCCAGAGCCCCGGGGUGGCAGAGAGGGUGGCCCGUGGCCCUGAUGAGAUUUUGGGGGCACCAAAAUGCCAUUUCCAUGGAUCGUGCCCUCAGCACUUUGGUUGGUGCUGCACCUCACAGCAGGAUCCUGCAGGAAGGCGGCGGUGAGCGCCGGCAGAGCCGCCCGUGGCGCCGCAGAGGUCUGCGACAAGGGCAAAGUGACAGCCAGCCCCUGCUGUGCCAUCCCCGGUGGCACCAGCGUCACCCUGUCGUGCCAGCUGACAGCCCCGUGGGGCUGGUGCUGGGCAGCGAUUUUCCUCAACAGCUCUGAGCAAACCCGAGCCCAGGGAGGCUCAGUGAGCAAAACCUUCCUGGUCACUGCCUACGGCAGACACAACUUCAUCUGCAAAUGUAUCUGUGGAGACAAGAAAAGCAUCGUCUGCGGAAUCGAUAUCCACUGUGGAAAUCCUCCAGACGAGCCCAGGAACGUGUCCUGUAUCCAGAAGGGGACGCGGGGACAUGCCACCUGCACCUGGCACAAAGGCAGGCUCACCUACCUCCACACUGCCUACAGGAUAGAGCUCUCCAACGGGACCGAUGCCUUUUCCUUUCCAGAAGAAACUCCCAGUCAGGAUUUUGGCUCUGGGGCUCUCAGCAAGCUGGAUUUUGACUCCAACUACACCGUGGUGGUUUCUGCCUCCAAUCAAUUGGGGAAUGCCUCCUCCCAGCCACUCACCUUCAUGCUGAUAGACAUAGUGAAGCCACACCCUCCCGACUUCUCGGUGGAAUUUGAUGAUUCCUCCGCCACCAACUGCACCAUUUCGUGGCACGACGAAGCACGAGCGCAGCACUACAGGCUGAGGUAUCGUCCCCUCGGCAGGCAGAGCUGGAGCACGGUCGAGAGCUUCAGCAGGGAGAAAUAUCAUCUCCAGGGGCUGGAGCCCGACACAGCCUACGAGUUCCAGGUGAGCUGCAGGAUCCUGCCCGGCCGAGGGCUCUGGAGCGACUGGAGCAGCAGCCAGGGCAGCACCCCAGCAGCAGUGCCAAGGGUGACCCUGGACGUCUGGUACCGGCAGCAGGAGCUGGACUCUGGGCACCAGAACCUCUCCUUUUUCUGGAAGGCUCUGAGCAGGUCGGAGGCAGGAGGGAGAAUCCUGGGCUACACUGUGACCCUGGAAGCCCUGGAGCAGGGGAAGCUCCCGGCACAAUCCCACCGGACCACCCAGACCAGCUUCUCCAGGGUCACCCCCAGGGCGGGCCACAGGGUGACGGUGACCGCCCACAACCCGCGGGGCAGCUCCGUCCCCGCGGCCGUCCUGACCCACCUGGGCAGCCCAGAUCUGCCCCCUCCCCAGCGGGUCUCUGCCCUGGGCCUGGGGAACGGCAGCAUCCUGGUGAGCUGGAGCCGCCCUGCCCGAGCCUCCCUGCCCGUCGGGGGAUACCUGGUGGAGUGGGCAGAGCCCUGGAGGGAGCCACGCCUGCAGCCCCAGCACGGCUGGGUGAAGCUGCCCCCGUCCCACCUGUCCACUGUGAUUGCAGAGCACAUCAGAGAUAACGUCUGCUAUCAGAUCCACGUCUCUGCACUUUAUCAGGACAGAGCUGGGCAGGCAGCUUCAGUCAGGGGAAACUCCACAGCACAAGCCCCAGCUGCUGGGCCCCAGAUGUUCGCAACCCCCUGGGCCAGCGGCGUCCUGGUUUCCUGGGAGGAGAUCCCAGCCCCCCAGCAGAGGGGCUGCAUCACUGGGUACCACAUCUACGUGCACAGGAGGGAUGGGCAGGGCCAGCCCGAGGUCCAUGCCGUUCCCGCCGGGAAGGCUCCUCUCUCCCUGCACCUCCCUCACCUGGAGCCCGGCGAGCGCCACGACCUCUGGAUGACAGCGGCGACAGCGGCCGGGGAGGGGCCCCGGGGCAACAGCGACAGCGUCUGCCUGGAGAGUGCUGGGGGCUGGGUGACUCUGGUGCUCAUCUGCAGCUUCUUCGUGCUCUCAGCCUGCCUUUGUUCUGUGCCUCCAGCAAGGAGAGUGUUCCAGGGGCUCCUGUCCCUCCUCCUGCCGCAGUGGCAGAGCAAAGCCAUUCCCGACCCUGCCAACGCCACGUGGGCCAAGAGCUUAGCAGCUACCAAGGCGGAGCUGAGCGCUCCCUCCAGCCCCUUCCUGCCCUGCGGCUUCGAGGAGCCCGAAACGAGCCCGGUGGAGGAAACCUCGGCUCACCCUGAGCCCCCCGUCCCCGGGGACAAGCUGGUGGUGGGCAGCGCUGGCAGCAGGGGCCACGGCGACUGGGCACCGGAGAGCCCGGCGGAGGAGCAGCAGCUCCCGGAGCUGUACCAGAGGCUGGUGGUGGAGGCGAUGGAGCCCCCGGAGCCCGUGGCCGAGUACAUCUCCAACCCCGGCACCCUGUCCCCGGAGCCGGAGCCUGCCCCCGAGCCCGACCCCAGCCCCUUCUCCGCCUUCCCAACCGCAUUCCUGCCUCCUGCCCCCUGCUGCCAAGGGAAUCUGACUUUGGAUCGGGUGAAGCUCAGCGGCAGCUCCUUCCCCAGGUAGGCAGGGGGCGAUGUGAGCCCGGCAAGAAUUUUGGCACCUUACAGAGUAUUUCGGUGUUUCGAGGUGAGCCCGGUAGGAAUUUCGGCACUUUACAAAGCAUUUCGGUGUUUCAGUGUGAGCUCAGCCUGGAUUCUGGCACCUUACAGAGUAUUUUGGUGUUUCAAUGCGAGCUCAGCCUGG